AUGUCAUCCACAAACGCAGCUGCCUGGCUUUCAGAAGCAAAGAGUUAUCCUUUUGAUAUAAAGGAAUCACCCGUUGGCAAGCCAGAUGCCAACGAAAUCCUCGUUCGCAAUCAUGCUGUUGCCAUCAACCCCAUCGAUGGAUUGAUCCAAACCAAGGCAUUCUUCCCGCUGAACUACCCAACCAUUCUCGGAGAGGACGUAGCCGGCGAGGUAAUUUCCGUCGGCGAGAAUGUCACUCGAUUCAAACCCGGAGAUCGCGUCCUAGGCCAAGCCGUCGGGCUCAUGGCCGGACGCUCGGAGGCCUGCGCCUUUCAGACCUACACUAUCCUACAAGACAACCUCGCCUGCGAGAUACCGGACCACAUCACCUACGAACAAGCAGCCGUUGUGCCUCUCUGCCUCUCCACAGCCGCAUCUGGAAUGUUCCAAGAGGACUUCCUGCAUCUAAACCUCCCGACCGAGCCACGCACCGCCUCCACCGGACAGACACUUAUAGUCUGGGGCGGUGCAUCCAGCGUCGGCAGUAAUGCCAUCCAGCUCGCAGUUGCUGCAGGCUACGAGGUGAUUACCACCGCAUCGCCGAAGAACUUCGACUACGUCAGACGGCUCGGGGCUAGCGAGGUCUUCGACUACAGCAGUCCAACUGUCACCAAGGACAUUGUCCACGCAGCCAAGGAAAAGGUUCUGGCCGGCGCAAUCGACUGUAUUGGAGUCUCUGCCACAGCAGCUUGCGUUGAUAUUCUGAGCAAAUCACAAGGGAAGAAGUUUGUCGCUACUGUCAAGGGUGGUUUCGCGCCGCCUCCUGAUGGAAUACAGGUGAAGCAUAUCUUCGGGACUACCCUGAAGGACAACUUUGUGGGAAAAGCCGUGUUCGAGGACUUUCUCCCGCGUGCGCUGCAGUCGGGAGCUUUUGUGCCUGCCCCUGAACCUGUGGUUGUGGGGACUGGGCUGGAAAAGGUGCAGGAGGCCGUGGAUUUGUAUGGAAAGACGGAAAUUUCUGCGAAGAAGUUGGUUGUUUUGCUAUAG